AUGGAUAAAAAUGAUAGGUACAAAGGGCGAGAGCUAGAAAAACAUCGGACCAACAUCAGGGAAAUUUUGCAGUGCUCGAACGCGACACCGAUCCGUUGUCACGGUGGAAUCGGAUACGCGUGUUGUUUUUGUGCCGAACAGUACCCAGAUCCUAUGGAUUUGAAGAAACACACCUUGGAAGAGCACGAUGCGAAGGCAAAGCGUAAAUUCAUGGAGGGCAAAAUGAUGUUCUCCUAUCUCGUAAAGCUCGAUAUAACAUUGUUAAAAUGUACCCUUUGCGACACCGAUAUACCAUCAUUGGAGCAAAUGAUCGAACAUUUGAUCACGGUUCACGACAGGAAAUUUUAUUCCGACAUCAAAAAUCACAUCGUGCCAUUCAAAUUCGACGGUGACACAUUACUAAAGUGCGUGUAUUGCAUGAACUCUUUCAAUAAGUUCAAAGCACUACAAGAGCAUAUGAAUAUCCAUUACAGGAAUUACAUUUGCGAGGUGUGUGACGCGGGUUUCGUUAACAGGAACAUAUUGUUAAACCACGCUGAAGGUCACAAGAAGGGCACUUUCAAGUGUGACUUUUGCGAAAAAGUCUUCGACACAUACAGAAAGAAGAAGUCGCACGAGAAAUCGGUUCACAUACAUCUAAAUAUGCUCAACAGAUGUGGCUAUUGUAACGAAAAAUUCAAAGAUUAUCGGAAGAAGCUCGACCAUUUGGCCAGAGUCCACGGCGUUCGAUCCGUCACGCUCAAAUGUAAGGCGUGUGACAAAACAUUCGAAACCCAAUCGGCCUUAACGAUCCACAUCAAACGAGACCACCUGUUAGAGAGGAGGCACGAAUGUAAAUUUUGCGAUAUGAAAUUCUUCGUUACGCAUGAGUUGAAGGAGCACAUGGUCAAGCAUACGGGCGUGAGGAACUUUGAAUGCGAGGUGUGUCAUAAAGCGUAUGCGAGACGAAAAACAUUGAGGGAACAUAUGCGGAUUCAUGCGGACGACAGGCGCUUCAAGUGCGACCGCUGCGGACAGGCGUUCGUACAGAAGUGCAGCUGGCGAGGACACAUGCGCGCGAAGCACGGCCAACAGGUGUAA